GGUGGCCGGCAGAUCGGGAGCAGCCUUUGCGCACUGCCGGAAACUCGUAUGGCUCAUGGCAUACAAGGAAGCCCAAGUUGUUUCCAACGCUUGGUGGCCAGGAGUAUUUAAACGCUCCAGUCGGUCGUCAUUAUGUCACUCAUUGGGCUUUGACCUGACGAUAAAGGAGUAUAUGAGGGCCUUUUGUCCUAUUGCUAAUAUAAUCAGUAUCUUGGUCCAUUUUGGUCCAGCAGCCAUCACCAACCCACAAUUACGACAAUGCCCAUCAUACCUGGAAUGCCAACGGGCCCGGAGGACCCUAGCCAUCCCGGCGAGAGUCCGCCUGCGAUAUCCAUUGUCAUGUGUAUCAUUGUAUCCAUCCUCAUCUUGAUAGCCAUAUUCGUGGCCAGACGGAGCUCUUACAGGACGGAAUCGCACGAAGACUCACACCGAAGACUGAGGAAAGGAUCAGGAGGCAUUGGGAUCAACGCUCUUCAUUCGUUGCCCCUCGUCAAAUACGACCCUGACUUAAUGGCUCAGGACUUUCACCAUGACGGGAGCACAAGUCCACGGGGAUUGAGUUUGGUGCGCGGCAUGGACAUGGCAGUCAGCGAUUCUGAUCGAGGGGAUAAGCCAUCUCGAAAGGCAUGGCGCGCGUUCUAUCCCCAGAUACGACACGCACUCUUGGGCAAGCAUAGGGGACGACAGCCUUGCCCGGAAGACGCCGACACCACAUCACUGAUACAGACUUGCGCCAUUUGUACCGAUGACUUUGUCCGUGGCACGAACGUGAGAAGGCUUCCUUGCGGUCACUUCUUCCAUCCACCGUGUAUCGAUCCAUGGCUUCUGAAUUUUGGAAAAACAUGCCCCUUGUGUCGGGCAAAUCUCAGAACGUUGACGAAUGCAAAUAGCCAGAGCGAAGGCUGUGUAGCUGAACCACCGCGAGCACUGUUAGCAAGAGCCGGACUGAUAGAGGAUUAGAAAGUUGUACUGUACACCAGUUCCUCAUCUACACGCACCAUCUCAUACCGGAUGAGUGUUCUUGCAAUCAUGACUUCGAAUGUCUUUGAACUUACCUCCAAAUACAAAGUACACACUCAUAUGAUUGUGUAUUCGUUGAAGACAGGGGGAACGCAGUAUUAAGCCGCCAACAAUGAUCUGAGUGGACUCACAGAAAUCAUACUCUACUAACGUUCCAGUUCUUUGAACUUCUCAAGGAAAAGACGAAUGUUAGUUACCGUAACGUUUGUCAUUGC